GUCUGAAUGAAAGAACCUCUCUCUCUCUCUCUCUUUCUCUCUCUCUGCUGCUGUCUGUCUGUAUGCAUGGCUUAUAUCCGCUGCAGCAAGUGAGCACAUGUCCAGAGCAAACAUAGUGGGACUUUCCAAGUGACUCCGAGCCGGAGGUAAAUAUUUUGCAGAAGCUGCAGCGGAAGGUGUAACUUCAAUUUUCAAAUGGUUUUAGAAUUUCAUCGUAUAAGAAGCUGGAUUACUUCUUAUAAAUGUUACAGCUGUCUGUUUUUCCUGGAUGCUUUUUUUUUUUUGCAUCUCGAAAACUCUUUAAAGAUUUGAAAACCUGAUUUUCCUUGGAGAAAAUUAUCCUGUGAUCCACGACACCUUUGGACUCGGGUUCUUUCAACAGACUGCACAUCUCCUCACCCUCAGAAGGAUUCACUGGACCAGGAUCGGUUUCACCUUAUUUACACAGAGGCAGCUUGAUGUGUGGGAGGAUCUUUUAAGCAGCGCAAUCCCAAGUUGCUUUGUUGGUCUGUGGCCAAGUUGAAGGCAGGUGUGAUGCUGGGUCAGAGUGUUUGAUGCACACACAUUCACACACACACACACACACACACACGCACAUGGCUGCCAUUAACUACAGAGACCAGGACAUCAGAUGAGGACACUCGACACAGGAAUAGAACAGGGAUUUUAACUUUGAGUUACAAACCCGUGCUUGACAGAUGCCAGUGGAGAUGUAGAAUGCUUUUCUUCCUUCUACUAACACAUCAUACUGAAGUAUCACACACAAGCUUCCUUGGUUAACAACAUUACUGGAUCGAGAGCCACACUAGCCUGAACUUGAAGACAGCAUCUCUACACUAUGACCCCGUGGACCUGUAAUCCGGCGCCCCAGUGCCUCCAGUCGCACGUCCGCUUUCCCCACCUACUUCUGUCUGCGCUGCUGUUGCUCCUCCAGCCCUGGUGGGGGAGCUGUCACCCCCAGUGUUUGGACUACAAGCCUCCGUUCGAGCCCCGGCUGCCAUUGGUCCUCUGCAAGGAGUACUCCAAGUUCGGAUGCUGUGAUGUGGAGAGGGAUGGGGAGAUAUCAGUGAAGUUUUACAGCAUUAUGGAAAACUUUGACCAGUCGGGCUUCGUCACCUGUGGCAAGUACAUACGCAGCAUCCUCUGCCAGGAGUGUUCUCCAUACGCAGCCCACCUGUUUGAUGCUGAAGAUGCCAACACGCCUAUGCGGAUGUUGCCUGGUUUAUGUGGCGAUUACUGCUCCGACUACUGGCACCAGUGUCGCUUCACACUCAGUCUCCUCUUGGAGGACCUGGGGAGCCCUUACCAGUUUGCCAACUUGACGGCAACGUUAGAAGAGGAUCGCAGAAAGUUCUGCAACUAUCUGGAGCUGAAGGACAAACAGUACUGUUAUCCAAAUGUGCUGACGAAUGCAGAGCUAAACGCUCAACUUGGCUUGGUACGUGAAGAUCCGAAAGGUUGCCUGGAGCUGUGUUUACAGGAAGUCGCCAACGGGCUGCGUAAUCCCGUGGCCAUGGUUCACGCAUAUGAUGGGACUCAUCGCUUCUUCGUGGCGGAGCAGCUGGGUUAUGUGUGGGUGUAUUUGGCCAACGGCUCCCGGAUCGACCGACCUUUCCUGAACCUCACGCGGGCAGUCCUCACGUCCCCUUGGGCCGGAGACGAGCGAGGAUUCCUCUGCAUCGCCCUGCACCCCAGGUUCACAACCGUCAAAAAAGCCUACGUGUAUUAUUCCGUGUCGGUGAAGAAGGAGGAGAGGAUACGUGUUAGUGAGUUCACACUGUCAACUCAUGAUGAAAACCAACUGGACCACUCCUCCGAGAGAACCAUCCUUGAGGUGGUAGAGCCAGCAUCCAAUCAUAAUGGAGGACAGCUUCUGUUUGACCAUGACGGAUAUCUGUACAUCUUCAUCGGAGAUGGUGGCCGAGCAGGAGACCCCUUUGGAAAGUUUGGCAAUGCACAAAACAAGUCAACACUUCUUGGGAAGGUGCUGCGUGUUGAUGUGGAGGAUAACGAUGAUGGUGCUCCGUACAGCAUUCCGUCAGACAACCCGUUCCUGAGGGAGAUGGAAGCACGACCUGAGAUUUAUGCCUAUGGAGUGCGCAACAUGUGGCGUUGUUCCAUUGACCGCGGUGACCCCUUCACAGGGCGAGGCAGAGGCAGGAUGUUUUGCGGUGACGUGGGCCAGAACAAAUACGAGGAGGUGGAUCUCAUUGUAAAAGGAGGCAACUACGGAUGGAGGGCCAAAGAGGGCUUCAGCUGCUACGAUCGCAAACUCUGCCAGAACUCAUCUCUGGAUGACAUCUUGCCGAUCUUUGCCUACCCCCACAAGUUGGGAAAAUCAGUGACAGGAGGAUACAUCUACAGAGGCUGCCAGAUGCCCAACCUCAACGGACUCUACUUCUUUGGGGAUUUCAUGAGCGGGCGUCUGAUGUCUUUGAAGGAGAACGUCACCACCGGUGAAUGGCACUACAAUGAGAUCUGUAUGGGAACAGACCAGACCUGCAGAUUCCCAAAACUCAUCAACAGUUAUUAUAAAUACAUCAUCUCUUUUGCCGAGGAUGAGGCAGGUGAGCUGUAUUUCCUAGCCACAGGGGCAGCGAGUGCCACAGCCAGAGCAGGCGUCAUCUAUAGGAUAGUGGACCCUUCCAGACGAGCCACACCAGGAAAAUGCAGCAUCAAGCCUUCACAUGUCAACAUUAAGGGCAAACUGAUUCACUUCCACCCCAAAGAAGAGUUCGUAAUCAACAAGAAACCAACCACGACACCUUUUCCCACGACGACCACACGAAAACCUACAACAACAACCAAAAAGUCACCAAGAAAACCCAUAAUAAUCAUAAAACCACCAAUGCCAACAAGAAAAACAAUAAGAAAAAUGCAGCCACCGCCAACAACAGCGUCACCAAGAAAAAUUACACCGCAGACUACGAGAAAACCAACAACAACGAGAAGGGCAACAUUACCAACAACACCAAAUAUAAAAGCAACAACAAUAAAAACAACCUCAGCCACGACAAUAAAAUCAACAACCUCACCCACAACUGUCCAGAUGGCUAUGGAACCAAGUCCCACCACCACCACACCCACUGGUUAUCGCACAACCGUCAUGACUGCAGUCUCCUCUAGGAUUGCUCAAACCCCAAUCAUCACCACACGUCCAACAAGGAGACAUGAGAGACCCCUUCAGUAUCCCCCUAGUACCACAUCCCAACCUUUAACCUCACCAAAGCUUCCUCCUUCUCCAUCCUUGAAACAAUCUGAGAUGGCUCUGACCUCUACACGUUACCCUGAGCACCCCAGAGCGUGGACCACACCUAGUCCAACGUUCUGGAGCCAGAAAGCCACCUUGUCUUCCUACAUGCCCCAGAGACAACCAGUCAACGGCACGCUGCCUAAAGCUCCAGAGGAGGAGCGUUGGCUCGGAGAAAAGCAGGACAGUGCUGUGGAGGGGAACCAAGUGUAUAAGAGGCCCAGAGGAAGAGGUAGAGGUCAAAUUUUCAAAAGAGGAAGAGGAGGGAGAAGGCUGAGGGCUGGCUCAUUGCGACUGGUGAGCACUGACGGUUUAUUGGAUCGAGGCAGAGUGGAGAUCUUUAUCCGAGGAGAGUGGGGGACAGUGUGCGAUGACCUUUUCACCACCAAGUCGGGCACUGUGGUGUGUCGCCAGCUCGGCUUCACGACGGCGCUGGCAGUGAUGAAGAGGGCUGCGCUGGGGGAGGCUGACAGCAGCGUCAGGAUCUUUCUGGAUGACGUGGAGUGUGAAGGCGGGGAGAGUUCGCUGCUGGAGUGCAAGAGAUCCAGGGUUGGGAAACACAACUGUUCACAUGGGGAAGAUGUGGGUGUGAUCUGCGGUUAG